CUGACGUUGGCGGCGGGGGGGACGCAUCUCAUAUACAGUGGAUUAGCUGUCCCAAAUCAGCAGACCAGACCCAGCCUGCUUUUAGUAUAGUCGAGGAUGACGCUUGUUUUCUCUAGCGGUGCGACAUAGACUAUUAGGCAAUAUUGGGCCGCCAGAGAUGAUCUUGGGAUUGGUCCUUGGCAUCUUGUUGAUCCUCUUCCCACUGGGCUGCAUGUCUCGUUGACCGACCUCGGCGGGUUGCUUGCCUAUCUCUAUCGUUGCGACACUUUCCCAAGUUCGGCUUGUACUCUGUUAGUUGUUAGUGUGCACCCGCUGCAGAAACCCCAAGUACAAGCAACACCCCUAUGCAGCAUCACGCAUGGGUUACGCAUUAGGCUUAUCUCUGGAACUGGGGUGCAGGGUCCCCCAGGUUGUACACUGCGCACAGGAGAGAGGAAUGUCCUAGUCGUAAUAAACUUAUGAGAUGCGACUCUCCGCGACUGCCGCUCACAGGGGGGGCCAGAUGCGCUGGGCACAAGGGCUGGGCACGCUAGCGCAGUGUAGCUCCCAUGUUACAAGGGGACCCCAUGCCAUAGUGAGAGCGAAACGUGCCCUCCGCAAGCCAGGGUGGAUUCAACAGUUGAGAUCAUGCUCUAAGCAAGGCAGAUGUGAUACCUUUACCCUAUUUCGUUUGUGCGUCUCCUUUCGCUGGCGCAGGGUCGACAUUCUAGGGGUUUCGGGAGUUAGUCUUCACGCCUGGCUUGGCACAAUCUCGCUUCUUGGGCUCGCUCGACUCUGGUGGAAUAGAGGUCGAGUUGGUGCUGUGCUGCUCUUGGGCAGUGUAUUCUGCGCUAGUAGUAAGGCCGCCCCAAGUGGUAUUACGUUGUCGGGGUCAUAUUACUCAAAGUGUAUCAACCGCCUUGGCAGGAGCUAGAACAGCGCUAGACGCCAAGCAAAGCUGCGGCCCGCCGUUACCUCCGUUGCACAUAGUGGAAGAUGAUUUGCAGCUGCUAAGCUUACAUGUUGUUGCUUGUUUCUCUUUUUGCUAGCAGCGGUACAAGUUGCUUCGUUUUGCACAGACGCAAUAACCUUCCCCAAUUCCGUACCAACAGUUAGUAGCCGGAUAUGCAGUAUUACUUUGCAUGUUGAUGCAGCCUAGCAUUGAGCAUGUGCCGGGUAGGUCACUGUUGGCUUUCAAGUUUGGCGACUUGUUAAGGCAAAUCAGGGUGUGUUUUGUCAAGUCGAAACUAUGAUUCGGACUUGAUGGCGAAUUAACUGCUUAUCCUACUUUAUUCGCGAUCAGGCCAGUGCUGGUGAUGGUGCGUAGCGGAUAGAGUUUUGGCCCUGACACGUACGUCAAAGACCUGCCAUUUCGGCGUCGUAUGCACAGUGCUGUUUUCGUUAUCGCUAAUGAAACACGGGUUAAAAAGGGCAUCUUAAAAAACAAAAAAAAAAAAAAAAAAAAAAGAACAGAAUCAUCAACAAGCCCGCCGUGUUAUCCAGUACGUGAGCUUGGAUGUUGGUAGCAGUGGCAGAAGCAGAGGCGAACAAUGGAAGCAGCAUCGAAGCCCAGGGAACGUUUUCGGCGGGGGCGGGGACCCUGCUUUUGCUGACAGAGCAGCAGAUCGUAGCGGCCGCCAUCGCAUCAUCGUCACGACGCUGCCUGGAAUUUUCUUUGUCGCUCUGGGUUCUGGCGCAGUCCUUUCUUCUCUACAACAAUUAAAAAAAGACGACAAGCUGUACAUGAUUGUAUAGUCUUACGCGCCGCUUAAUUCAUAUAUUGCGGCCGACGCGUUGCUCAAUCGCUGUCAUCAGCUUCCCAACUGACGUCACAAGAGCUUGAGCUAAACAAUGAAUGACGACGGCGAAGCCCGGCCGCUGCGAUGGUCGGGCUCCUUUAGACUUGCACCAGAGGACUCCUAUUCAGCGCAGAGUACUGCCAGCGGUGACAAAAUAAUUUUACCGUCAGCAGCCCUCGAACAGCUUCUGACCGCCGCGAGCCUCGCCACCUCGAACCGCGACAACGCCCGAUCCUAUACACAAUCGAGCAGUUUGUUCCAUUCUUCGUCACAGUAUGAGGAUGCGAGUCAGAAGCUUCCCAAUCCGCUGGUAUUCCGUCUUGUCCACCCGACCAAUGGAUCACAUGUCUACGCUGGCAUCCGCGAGUUUUCCGCACCAGACGACACCAUCAUCCUCAGCCCAUACCUCCUCAAUGCCUUGGGAAUUGAUGAUGGGAAAGAUGGAGACACAUUGAUGGAGGCCCUGGAAAUCAAGGUUCAUGCAGAGGAGCUGCCAAAAGGAACCUAUGCAAGACUGCGCCCGCUGGAAGCUGGCUACAAUCCCGACGACUGGCGCCCGCUCCUUGAGCGCCAGUUGCGAAACAAUUUUACGUCCUUGACAAAGGAUACCCAUUUAGUAGUCAAUGGCGUGCGUGGUGAAAAAUUCCAGCUGCUGGUGGACAAGCUUCUCCCCGAUGGACCUGGAGUAUGCGUCGUUGAUACGGAUCUUGAGGUCGAUAUCGAAGCUCUAAACGAAGAGCAAGCGCGGGAGACUAUGCGGCAGCUAAUCGACUCGGCAAACGGUUCUGGAGAUGAUGCGGCAGCUCAAGGAGGAGAGCUUAGCAUAUGGAAGGAUGCUACAGGCACAGUCAAGUCUGGCUCCUACGUCGACUAUGUACUACCAUCCUGGGAUCGAACCCAAACACUCCACAUUUGCGUCUCCGAUCUCCCCGACGAUGCCUUGAUAGACUUGUUUGUCACACCCAAAUCGACAAGACAGCGAGCUCUUCCGAGGAGCACAGAGCACGUGUUUGGCAAUUUUGAAGAUGCGACCCAACAUAGCAAAACGAUUAGUAUACUACCAACCAACAUUCAGCUCGAACACGCAGAGAGUAUUUUGAUCUCAGUGUACACAGGAUCUUAUUCGGCCGAUAAACAUUCGGCGUAUAAUGUACCAUAUAAAAUUCGAGCGAGAAUGGGAUCGACGCCAGACAACACGCUACACGCGAACGAUCAACAAGAUACUAUGAAUCAUGAAACAGAUUCCCAGUGUACAAACUGCAAAAAGUGGUUACCGAAACAGAAGCUUGUUCUACAUGAGGCGUUUUGUCGGCGCAACAACGUUCUGUGCACUCGCUGCGGGUCUGUAUUCCAAAAGAAUUCUACCGAGUGGGAUUCUCACUGGCAUUGUGAUCAUGACGACGCAUUUGGAAAUUCGGCGAUAUCGAAGAAGAAGCACGACGAUGUGUUUCAUAAGGACUGGCAAUGCCCCGGCUGCCCCUUUGCCACCAACUCGCUUCCCGAUUUGGCCAGACACCGAACUACAAUGUGUCCACAAAAGAUUAUUCUCUGCCAAUUUUGUCACCUUGAGGUCCCCCAAGAAGGCGACCCGUUCCAAGUAUCACCAGAAGUGGCGUUGUCAGGACUUACAGCCCACGAGCUAGCGGAUGGCGCACGUACAACAGAAUGCCACCUCUGUGGGAAGAUUGUCCGAUUGCGAGAUAUGGAGACACACCUGAAGCAUCACGAAUUGGACAAAGUGGGAAGAGCUGACCCUGCGAUAUGCCGCAAUGCCAAUUGCGGUCGAACCUUGUUCGGGGUCGGCAGCAAAGGUCUUGUGCACAAGCAACCAGUCGAUAGUAGCGCACCAGCCAACGACAUUGGUCUCUGUUCCAUCUGCUUUGGGCCUCUGUACGUCAGCAUGCACGAUCCAGAAGGGAAAGCACUUAGACGGCGAAUUGAGCGUCGCUACCUGGGCCAGCUCAUGACGGGUUGCGGCAAAAGUCACUGCCAGAACGAGUGGUGCAAGUCUGGCCGUGCGAAUACGAAGCUCGAGGCGUUGGGAUCAUCAGCAAAGGACGCUCUGGCUGCUGUCAAACCGCUGAUGGCAGCUUUGCCGAAUCUGCAAGAGCCCGUCAUGUUUUGUGUGGAUGAAUCGAGCCAGCGACAAAGGAAGCUGGCUGAGAUGCUGGCAUCAGAGCAAGUAUGGAGUCUGCCGUGGUGCAUUGCAGCAUCGGAAGCAGAAAAGGGACAGCUGGACCGGAUGCAAGACUGGUUACAGUCAUGGGCACCGAGAAAGUAAUAACGAUACAUAUAUAUAGAAGGAGGAAGUGAAUCGUGGACGGUUAUCAUGACAAUCAAUCACAGCAUAUAGAGAGCGAAUGGCGUUUUUUUGCGGUAGUAAUGGGGGUUGCUGAGGCUUUGGAUAGAUUUGCAUUUUGCUGAGUCAAACAAGUAGAGUGUAUAUAGGAGCUGAAUAUGUCUAGAGGAAAUAGAAUAGAAUAUUCACAGAAUACUUUUGCAUUUCCUCGCUGUUUACCCCAAUGGCGUACUUACUCUACUGUAGUGUAGGCGUGUCUUUCGUUUAAUUGGGCUGGCUAAUUUUGUUUUUCUAGUGGGUAAUGCGGGGUUGAAAGCGGCCUGCGUGCUUGCUUUUUUAGCGGGCGGGCGCCUUGUAAGCUUCAGCUUUGCAGUGACAAAAGGUGGCCCCUGCGGAGCCUCUUCC